AGUACCAUGUCUAUCUACAUAAUUUUUGAAAUAUCCUGGAUCACUGCUAUUCUUAAAAGUUUUUGACAUGGAAUUUGGAUUCUCAAAAACUAAACAUUUAUUUUUUUCCACCGGUAAAUUGUAUCUACAUUAUGAUUUCCAAUCUCUUCUUUAGGUCACAGUUAUGGUGCACAAUUAGGCAUUCUUUUCUCAAGAAUGUAUCCACAUUUAGUAGAAAAAUUUAUAAUGAUGAAGGAAUACAUGCCUACCCCGAUUAAAGCAGAUGACUACAUAAUACAUAUGCUAAAAAUAUUUCAAGAUCACUUUAGUGUUCAUAAUAACUGGCAACAGGAAAGCAACCGAAAUAUAAAUAUGAAGAAGCCUUUAACAAAGUUAAAUGCAACAGGGAUAACGGACCGCCCAUAUCUGAUUAAAGCUACAGAAGUUUUGUUGAAACGUGGGUUACGGAAGUAGGGAACGACCAAUACAUAUUUACAUUAGACCAAAGAAUGAAGUAUUACAUUGAUCCGCUUCAUGACUGCAACUUUGCAGUACACAGUUUGAAAAAGCACCCACUGCAGUGUCCAACAUUGAUGAUUUUAGCCAAAGGAAACGAUUAUACCACCAAAUUGUUCACACCCGUGCUGAACGAACUGAAGAAACGAGACAACUUCAAGUAUUUUGAAGUGGAGGGAUAUCACGAUGUUCACAAUGUACAUCCGGAGAGAGUAGCACCAUUUAUUCAAGAGUUUUUAACUUCUAAAGGUUACGCAGAAACACUUGGCAGCAACACAUUCAGAAAAUUAGCUGCAGCUGCUUCAAGGUUUACAAGAUUUUUAUAAAGAUAAGAUCGAUAGUGUUCAUUUUUAUUUACAACUACCUUUAAAAACCUUUAACAUUAAAUAAUAAAGUAUAGUCUUAAGAGUUAUAUACAAAGUAUUUUUGUACAACUAGUGGAGUACAUGAGAGUUUUAACCUCGGAAUACAGUUACACUGAAUGAAAUUGAAAAUAAAUACGUGCAGUUAGUAAGAUUUUAAAAAAUCGGGUUACCAUAAUAAUUCAAAAACCAAUUGCAAUAUCUCUAAAAUAGAAGAUAUAUUGAGAAAUAAUUUGAAUAGUUCGUAAAAAUACGCUCUAUUGCCAGAUUCAUGGCGUUAAAGUUGUAUUUCCGAACCUGUAUUUAUACGAAUAUUUUUUAUAGGUUAUUAAAUCGCAUAUUGACGGGUCAUAUCUUAAAUCGGGCUCAUUUUUUUUGUCUGGAAUGUAUCCAUGGAGGCAUGAGCUCUGUAAUAUUAAUGGUACUAGGACGGACGGUUUGGAGUGGAGUCGCGCUCAAAGUUUAAAGGUUUGGUAAAAAAAGUAUUUUAUGAUAACAAGUAAAAAUAUAUCAUUGAUCACGUUGUUUAACAAAAAUAGUUAGAUUUCAGUUUGCCAAAUAUUUCAUAUUAACUAAAUCUCCCAUAAACAUAAAAACAAAUCAAUUUAUCAAAAUAAAAAAGCCUUCAAACUAUACUGUUUAAUCUCUGUAAGGUACAAGUACUGCCUUUUUGACCUAUAUACCUAUAU